CUCCCAACCCGCAGUCUCCACUAGCCUCCCUAAAACGAAAAAAAAAGGAAAAAAAAAGAAAAAAAAAAACUGCGGCGAGCCGGAGACGUGGCUCCCCGACUCCUCGCGCGCGCGGCCGGCGGCGAGAAGGGCGGCGGCGGCGGCGGGGAAGGCCAUCCUCCCCUCAUGAGCGGCGUGGCCUCCUCGCGCGCGCGUCGGGGGAGCAGGCAGGUCUGGAGGGGCGACGCCGCCGACGACAUCCUUCCGUCUCGGUUCGGAUCGGAUUGAAGGAAUGCAUGAGGAACCACUGAAGAUUUAUUGGUGGUAAUGGAGAAUGAUCAUGGAGAUCUAGAUGAUGUGGGAUCAGGGUGGCUUGAAGUGAAAAAAAAACACCGAUCCAGCUCAAAAUUCACAUUGCAGAGGUCUUCAGGAGGUUCCAAUGAUAAUAAAAUUUCAAACUCGUCCUCACAAUCUCAGACCAACUUUGGCAGUGAUAGUGCAAAGUGGUGUGACAGGUUACAAUGCUCACCUCAGAUCACAAAGGUUAAUGUUUGCGUUAAUGAACCGGGUAGCGUAGUCACAAUGGUUGUUCAUGGUGAAGAAUGUGCUCAUGCAGAUGCUAGCAAUCUGAAGAGUGAAUUAAGUGUUUCAGCCUCGGAUCAUGCAAUAGAAAAACCUAAAAAACUGCUAGUGACUGAAGAAAUAAGUGAACCUCCCAACGUUGGUAAGAUUGACUGUGCUGAUUCUCCAACUCCACAUCAAUCCUCCAACUGUUCAAGUGGUCUUGCAAAAUCUUCAGGUUUUUAUGAUCAUGUUAAAGGCCCUCCAAUGACAGAUAGUAUAGGUGUUUUAUCGAACACUUCUGUCAGGUUUGGUGAUUUUGAUGAAGUGCCAGGUCUAGCAUUACCUGCAGAUGCAUGUAGAAAUAAUAGUUCAUCUCAAAAACACAUACACAUUGGCGAUGCUACAGAAUUCAUAAAUGAAUGUAAAGAUGAAAGUGAACUUAAAACUGAGCCGAAUUCUUGUAAAACAAUUGUUGAGACAUCUCCUGUUAUUAUUCAAGGGGCAGAAACGCCCACUGAAGAUGAGAGCAAGGUAUUGGAUAUAUGUGAAAUAACAGAUAAUCGUUUGGAUGUUAGUGGUUCACCUUCCUUGGACGACACAGUCUCCUUGUCCUGUGCAAACAAUGAUCUUGAAGUUCCAGUUAAGUCGUCUUCUGUUGCUUCAACAGAAAGCCAGACAGUUCUUCAUGCACCAACUUCAGCAGAUUUUGGAGGUGAAACUGCUGGAAGCAAAGAAAGGUUCAGGCAGAGACUCUGGUGUUUUCUUUUUGAGAAUCUGAAUAGGGCUGUGGAUGAACUUUACCUCCUCUGUGAGUUAGAAUGUGACAUGGAGCAAAUUAAUGAAUCCAUCCUUGUUCUUGAAGAAGCUAUAUCUGAUUUUCAAGAACUGAAAUCCAGGGCGGAGCAUUUUGAUAACACCAAAAAAUCUACUGCUCUACCAAAGGAGGGGAUGCCAAUGGCUGUGAAAGCUGACCAUCGAAGACCACAUGCCUUGUCUUGGGAGGUCAGAAGGAUGACAAGUUCACCACACAGGCAAGAGAUAUUGUCUUCAUCUCUAGAGGCAUUUCAGAGAAUUCAAUUGGAACUGGCUCGCAAACAAGCUGGUAUAACAACAGAGAGCUUUGCAUCCAGCUCUUCUGGAGAAGUUUCUGGUAGCUCAUCAAAGCUAACCACAGCAUCAGCGACUGUUGGAAGUAUAAGUUUGAAAGUGGAGAGUCAGGUGAAACUUUCUGACACUGAGAAAAAAAUUGCUGGAGAGAGGCAAAGCAAGGAUACAAUCAAGUCAGGUAGAUCACCUCCACAAAAUAUGCCUUCAUCUUCUGCAAAGAGUCGAAAAGGAUCACUGGAACCUAUCUCUGAGGUAGAGAAGCAUAAUUUUAGGAAGGAUAAGGAAUUGCCAGAAAACAAAUUUGACAAGCUCAGGUCAACAGAUACGGCAAAAAGGACUACAGUUCAUACUGAGAAGGAGAAACAAAAUGCAGCACCACGGAAGUCAUUGGAUGCCUGGAAAGAGAAAAGAAACUGGGAAGAUAUACUGAAAUCUCCUGUUCGGAGUUCUCGUGUCUCCCAUUCCCCUGGUGUUGGCAGAAAAGUACCAGAGCGUGCUCGUGUUCUACAUGACAAGUUAAUGUCUCCUGAAAAGAAGAAAAGAAGUGCUUUGGACAUGAAAAAGGAAGCAGAAGAAAAACAUGCACGAGCUUUACGAAUCCGGAGUCAACUAGAAAGUGAGAGAGUUCAGAGGCUGCAACGUACCUCUGAAAAGUUAAAUCGUGUCAAUGAAUGGCAGGCUGUGCGCAGCUCAAAACUGCGAGAAGUAAUGAAUGCACGCCACCAACGUAGUGAAUCUCGUCAUGAGGCAUACCUUGCCCAGGUUGCAAAAAGAGCUGGUGAUGAGAGUACUAAGGUCAAUGAGGUCCGUUUUAUUACAUCACUAAAUGAAGAAAACAAGAAAUUCUUACUGAGGCAGAAACUUCAUGGUUCUGAAAUGCGGAGAGCUGAAAAGCUACUGGUGAUCAAAACAAAGCAAAAGGAGGACAUUGCAAGGGAAGAAGCUGUAUUGGAACGGAGAAAAAUUCUUGAAGCUGAGAAGAUGCAACGUCUUGCUGAAAUACAGCGUAAGAAAGAAGAAGCUAUUAUUAGAAGAGAAGAGGAGCGCAAAGCAUCUAGUGCUGCACGAGAAGCGAGGGCUGCAGAGCAGCAACGUAGAAAAGAGAUAAGAGCAAAAGCUCAACAAGAAGAGGCUGAACUGUUAGCCCAAAAAUUAGCAGAGAAGCUUCGUGAAAGUGAGCAGCGCCGUAAGUAUUACCUUGAGCAGAUACGUGAGAGAGCUUCAAUGGAUUUCAGGGAUCAGCCUUCACCUUUUCAGCGCCGCUUUCCAAGUAAAGAUAACCAAAAUCGUUCUAGCUCAGCUAAUAGUGGAGAAGAUUCACAAAUAAUAAGCAGUGCCAACGCUGCUGAGUCUGGUGUUAAAUCAUUCAAUUCCACGCAAAUGAAACGAAGGAUUAAAAAGAUACGCCAGAGGUUAAUGGCUCUUAAGCAUGAUUUUGUUGAACCACUCAUAGGCGAAAAUACAGGAAUUGUGCACAGGUCUGCUCUAGGUACUGCAAAAGCUAAGUUAAGUAGAUGGCUUCAGGACUUGCAAAGACUUCGUCAAGCUAGAAAAGAGGGUGCUGCGAGUAUUGGUUUGAUUGUUAGUGACAUGACAAAGUAUUUAGAAGGAAAGGAUCUUGAAUUACAUGCAUCUAGACAAGUUGGCUUGCUUGAUUUUAUUGCAUCUGCUUUACCUGCCUCUCACACUUCAAGGCCUGGAGCUUGUCAAGUCACUGUCUACCUACUACGACUGUUGAGAGUGUUGCUCUCGCUUCCAGCCAAUCGAACUUAUUUUCUUGUACAAAAUCUUUUACCUCCGAUUAUUCCCAUGUUAUCGGUAUCUCUAGAGAAUUACAUAAAGGUUGCAGCAUCAAACUCUGGAAGUUCGAACAUUCAGUCAAGCAAAACAUCAACUGAAUACAUGGAGUCAGUAGGUGAAGUGUUAGAUGGAUUUUUUUGGACAGUGACCGUAAUUGUUGGCCACGUAUAUCUCAAUGACCAACAGCUUCAAAUGCAAGGGGGGUUGAUAGAACUGAUUGUGGCUUAUCAAAUAAUUCAUCGCCUGCGAGAUCUUUUUGCCCUUUAUGACAGGCCCCAGGUGGAAGGAUCCCCAUUACCAUCAUCCAUACUAUUUGGUCUCAACCUUCUGGCCGUCUUAACAUCUAAACCUGGAAAUUUCUCUACCAUUGAUUGGGAGUCCUGCAAAUGCAGAACUCUAGCGGGUAAUCUAGUUCAAGAAUAUGAAUAUCUUUGUUCACAAGACAUAGGUAUGGGCAACCAGUUGAUGAUAUCUGAUCAAUCUGGAGAUGUCAAAUUGCCAUCUACCAAGUCUGAUCUAUUGAAAUGUGAUGAAUGCGAUCCUAGCGAAUUGAUCAAAGAAAAUAAGUCCUUGGAUCAUCAUAAAUUCAACAUUCCAGGGGACAACAUGUCAGUUUAUGAAGCUAGCAAAGACUCAGGGUCCAUGCCAGAAAUGCAGUCAUCUGAUACACUAGAGGUACACUCUGUAAUUCCCUGCCAGGGAGAUGCUGCAGAUGGCACCCUUGAAAGAAAAAAGGGGAGUACUACAUGUUUGCAUGAUAGUCCUGGAAAAGACAAUGAAAUAAACCUAAAUCAACCUGUAGUGCUUGUACUUUCUGCUAUGGCAGAGACAGGCCUUGUUAGUCUGCCUUCUCUUUUGACAGCUGUGUUGCUCCAGGCCAACAACAGAUCAUCAUCAGAACAGGCUUCAGCAAUUCUUCCAUCGAAUUUUGAAGAGGUAGCCACUGGCGUUUUGAAAGUUCUGAACAACAUGGCAUGUUUGGAUAUCACCCUUCUUCAAUGCAUGCUGGCUAGAUCGGAUCUAAAGAUGGAGUUCUUCCAUUUGAUCAGUUUCCUUCUUAGCCAUUGCAUGAAUAAAUGGAGAGUGCCAAAUGAUCAGGUUGGUUUACUGCUUCUAGAAUCUCUGCUACUUCUUGGUUACUUCUCUUUGUUCCAUGCUGGGAACCAAGCAGUUCUUCGGUGGGGAAAGAGUCCCACCAUACUUCACAAGGUGUGCGACUUGCCUUUCGUUUUCUUCAGUGACCCGGAGUUGAUGCCUAUCUUGGCUACUGCUCUUAUCGCGGUCUGUUAUGGUUGUGACCAGAAUAGAAGUGUAGUUCAGCAAGAAAUAAGCACAGAGAUGCUUCGUUCUUUGAUCAAAUCAUGCAAAACACCAGGACUGGCUGCUUCAGAUUCCAUUCUUUUGGAUGGUUGGGGAACCAACAGUUCCAGUGAUAAUACACAGAUCUUAUUGGAUACAAGAAACCCGCAAGGUGAUAUCUCAAUAAGGUCGAACCGCAAAAGUGCACGGCCAGUUUUAGGAAAAGGAGUUUCAGGGGUCAUCAGAUUGAGCAGAAAUAAGGGCCAAAGAGACGGCCGAGGAGCAAGAAUUGGUGAUGAUGGACCUCUGAAGCAAAGAGCUGGAGAAACUUCAUCUAACUUCAUGUUGCAUAGAAAAAUCCCAGCUUCUUUCUUGGACAAGGCUGAAGAGUUCUUCUGUAGUGAAAAUGAUACAGCAGCGAAUAUAACAAACUGACCAGACCACAGAACAAGCUACUUAAUUUGGACCUUUUUUAUUUCCUUUUGAGAUGAUGGUUCUUGAGAAUAUACAACUAGACAGGCUAAACUUCAGCUGGACGGAUGGUGAUGAUUAGGGAUUGACUGUAUAGGUUUUGGAAAAGACAUUUGCCAUUUUUACAAGGCUUGCUCGAGGUAACUCGGCCAAAUUGGUCAAACCCUGGGAGCUAAUAUAAUAUACGUGUCAAAAUUUAUCAUGCAAAGGAUUUUUUUUAAUAGAAUGUUAUUUGUGCCUCGA